CUACUUUCGUUUAAAGUUUUGCCGCCAUUGGUUCAUCUCUCGCUGCUCGCGCCCUCUGGUUCUUUUGGCUUUCCUCCGUUCUAUGUUCUUCGGCGUUUAUUGCGUCCGAUGGCAUCCACAAGUAAUCGAAAAUUCAUUGUCGACGACGACGACGAUUUCGACUGGGAAGCAGCCGUCAAGGAAAUUGACGUAGCCUGCCUAUCAGGAAUUCACUCUGCUUCAUCACGUUCUCUUUAUUCUUCCCUUCUUGCAUCUCCCCACGCCUCUGCAGAAAACUCAGCUUCUUUUCCAUCUCCCGAGGAGAAUGAAAAACGCGGGACUUCUCGCCAGUCUACACUUCAUAGAUUUAUCAUAAAUCCGAAUGCUAAGUCUCAGAAGAAAACACCGGAAGUCGAAGAACCGGUUCAAGAUCGCGCCCUUGUUGAAGACUCGGUUUGUCUUGUUGACAUUGAUCAGGAGGCAGCUAAGACUUGGAUAUAUCCAGUUAAUGUUCCUCUUCGGGAUUAUCAGCUGGCUAUUACCAAGACAGCACUAUUUUCAAAUACGUUGGUGGCAUUGCCUACAGGACUUGGAAAGACUCUCAUUGCUGCAGUUGUUAUGUAUAACUACUUCAGAUGGUUUCCUGAGGGAAAAAUAGUAUUUACUGCUCCUUCUCGACCACUGGUCUUGCAACAGAUAGAAGCAUGCCAUAAUAUUGUGGGAAUACCACAAGAAUGGACCAUUGACAUGACAGGUCUGAUAAAUCCUACAAAAAGAGCAUGUUUUUGGAAAAGUAAAAGAGUUUUCUUUGUUACACCACAAGUGCUGGAGAAGGAUAUUCAAUCUGGCACAUGUUUGGUGAAAUACUUGGUUUGCCUAGUGAUUGAUGAGGCCCAUCGAGCACUUGGAAAUUACUCUUAUUGUGUUGCAAUUCGUGAGUUAAUGAUGGUACCUGUGCCACUAAGAAUACUAGCCUUAACUGCCACACCAGGAUCAAAGAAGCAGGGUAUUCAGCAAAUCAUUGACAACUUACACAUUUCAAACCUUCAAUAUCGUGAUGAAAGUGAUCAUGAUGUCAGUCCAUAUGUUCAUGACAGGAAAAUAGAAUUGAUUCAAGUUGCAAUGGGAGAAGAUGCUUUUGAGAUAAAUAAUAAGCUCUUGGAAGCUAUACGUCCAUUUGUGGCUAAACUUUGUUCAAUGGGAGUUCUUCAGGAUAGAGAUUAUAGAACGUUGAGCCCAUGUGAUUUACUGAACUCGAGGGAUAAAUUUCGUCAAGCACCCCCAUCAGUCCAUCCACACAUUAAGUAUCAAGAUGUGGAGGGUUACUUUGGAGUACUCAUUACACUAUACCAUAUACGUAAGUUACUUUCAAGCCAUGGAAUAAGGCCAGCCUCAGAGAUGCUAGAAGAGAAGCUGCAGCGAGGGUCUUUUGCAAGAUUUAUGAGCAAAAACGAUCAUAUCUGCAAAGUGAGACUCAUCAUGGAGAAGAGCUUGAUCCAUGGUGCACCAAGUCCCAAAUUGUCCAAAAUGAUGGAAGUAUUGGUCGACCAUUUUAAAACUAAGGAUCCAAAAGAUUCAAGGGUGAUUAUAUUCUCAAAUUUCAGGGGAAGUGUAAGGGACAUUAUGGGUGCACUAGCCAAAAUUGAAGACAUAGUCAGAGCUACUGAGUUUAUUGGCCAAAGCUCAGGAAAAUCUCUCAAAGGUCAAUCACAAAAGGUUCAACAGGCUGUUUUGGAGAAAUUUCGUGCUGGCGGGUACAAUGUCAUUGUUGCCACAUGCAUUGGCGAAGAAGGCUUGGAUAUAAUGGAAGUUGAUCUUGUCAUCUGUUUUGAUGCAAACAUUUCACCAAUAAGAAUGAUUCAGCGGAUGGGUCGAACUGGAAGGAAACAUGAUGGACGAGUGGUAGUUUUAGCAUGUGAAGGUUCAGAAUUGAAGGGCUACAUGAGAAAGCAAACGACCAGCAAGUCUAUAAAGAAACACAUGCAAAAUGGGGGAAUAAAUAGCUUCAACUUUCAUGCUAGUCCUAGAAUGAUUCCCCAUACUAUCAAACCAGAAGUCCAGUUUGUUAAGCUGUCAAUCAAACAAUUUGUUCGUCCUGGAAAGAAAGUGAAAGAUGAACAUGCUGUUCAGAUAACAUCAUUUAAGAACAAGCUAACUAAUACAGAGACUGAGUUACUUCUCAAGUAUUUCCAUCCUUGUGAAGACGCAUGGAAGCCGUCCAUUAUUGCCUUUCCUCACUUCCAGACAUUUCCCUCGAGAACCCAUGGAGUAAGGCAUUCAAGUAGAACAAUGAUUCUAAUUGACACAAUGCAACACUUGCAAGGACUGUAUUUUUCUAGGGAUUCUGAAGCUUUCUCUGUUCAGGAGAAACCAUGCAUUAGAGAACUAUUUGAAGCAAGUCAGAUUGGAAAAUGUUAUGGCGGCAAAAGAGGUUCAAUUAAUGAAGUCAGCGCACCAAAAACUGAAUUAGAAGGGCCAAUAGUUUAUCCUGAAGUCUCAGCACCUCCAAAUCCUACAGAAAAUAAUUGUAGUUCUGUUUACUGUUCUCUGAAGCAUCCUUCGAACAUUGGCUCAGGUUUUGUAUCUGUUGAUGCUAUGGGAGAGGACCAAAUAUCACGUUUCCCCGUGUUCUCUUCAAAAGAAAUAUUGCAUUCCAAUUCUGUUGAUGCAUGCAGUAAAAUAUUGUUGAGUUCUCCUGAGCUAGGUUCUUGGCGUGUAAGAACUGCUCAGGACUUGAUCGUGCGGACUGAAGCUGUCGAUGAACCCACAACUUCUCAAACUAAAUUCUUACAGAAUGAGGUUCUGCCAAGCCCUGAAACUGAUGAUGCAACCGUCUUGGAAGACAAAGCAGUGAACCAGAUUGAGAAAAUUCAUCAAAGCACUGUCUUGAAGAGAACUUUUUUUAAUGAAGGAGAUAAUACCGAUGAAAAGCCUGUUGUUUUAGAAAUUGAGCCACAAUUCCCCCCGGCUGAUGAAUGCAGUAUAAUUGAGACACAGCUUAGUCCCCGUCUCACUAAUCUAAUCGAAAGUGGUUUUGUUCCAGACUCACCAAUUGAUGAGUGUGGAUACUCUAGACAAAGGAUAUAUGAAUCCGCAAUAUCACAGUUUAUCUUGCCUGUCCAAGUGGAUGGUGAACAGCUUUUAAAAUCCUCAAGUCCUGGGAUAAACAAAAGAAUUAAUUGCAAUGAGGGCUCCCAUGCUGGAAAUGACGUUUUUCUCGCUAGUGGUGAAGAUCGACCUUCUGUACUCGAGGAUAAUGAUAGCGUGGGUGUAAAAUCACAUGGCUUUACUUCUCCUGUGGCUGAAGAAACACAAACUCCCUUUGCCAUUAUUGCAAGCAGUUGUGAUAAUGAAGAUUGGAAUUUAGUUUCUGGAGAAAAGUCCAGCAGUGUACAGAAGCCCCGCAAAUUCAAAAGACUGCGAAAGGUUGGAGACGUGGAGAAAAAUGAGAACACCGAAAGCGCGGAGAAAACUUCAGUUUCUCCACUGGCAAAUAUGGUCGGAACUUUUUCUAGCUCCAGACACAUAAAAAAAAAGAAACGGGAUGGUAUUUUUUUCUCUCAUAGUUCAAUUUUUGGAAUUUCGUUGUCAGUGCUAAAUAUUAGUGAGGAUCUAAUAGAGCAUACUUUCAAACAAAGUAAAUCUGACCAAGUUGCUACUUGUCAAUAUCAAUUGCUGCAUUUAGGUGAAAGGAGAUUUGAGGACAAUGUUAGAGCAUAUAUCGAGGAGGAAGCUGAGGUUUCCUCUGAUGCUACCAUAUCUGGGGAUGAAGAAGAUGAUAUGAUUAAGAGCUCGUUCGAUAGUUUCAUAGAUGAUAGGGUUAGUGCUAGUGCCACGAGUACUCAAGAUGAAACAGGUGGACAUGAUAUGAUGGCAAUUUACAGACGUUCGUUGCUAAGUCAAUCACCAUUCGGGAGGCUGACUUCACCCCACGCGACCAGAGUAACUGAAAGUGAAACUUCUCCUGACAAGACAUUGAAUGUUUUUCAGACAACUCUAACAGGAAAUGUCAAUCAGUCUCAUACAAUGCAUUCAGAACAUGUCAAAAUGAAGCGUAGCCCAGAAGUUGUAAUUUCUACAACUGGUGGCUGCCCAAGCGCGACAGAAGUGGAAAGCAGGAAUAGAAAUUUGACAUUUUGUGCAUCGGAAUCGGUUCCUAAACUUAAUUUGGAUAGACAAUUUGAGUUGGUGGUGGCAGGAAGAGAAUCAAUAAGUGAUGUGGAUGAUGAAUUUUAUGAAGGUCUUGAUCUUGAUGCAGUCGAGGCCCAGGCUAAAUUGCUCCUUGAAAAGAAAGUUGAGCUGCCUCAGAUGAUGGUUACCCAGCCGCACAAGAAUUUGGAUCUCCACACUUCUCCAUCUUUUGAUCUUGGGAUAUGACCAUUUUUUAUGUGCAUCUCUUCUUCAAGUACUUAAAUAUGCUUAAGUUAUGAUUUAUUUGUUGGAUGGGGAGACGUAUGUAAAAAAACAAUGUACAAAAAUUAUUGAAAUAAGAUCUUCAGUUUUGUUACUA